UCCGGUGCUGCAGGUCACGGCGUUGCGAGCCGGGCCACUCCGGGGAGCCCGAACGGUGGGGGCUGCGCGCGGAGCGACCAGCGGACGCCGACGAUGCGCCAGGCGCACCGACGGAUGCGGGGCGCCGCCAAGGGUCUGGCAAACAUGCUGGGCCUGCGGACCCCCUCCCGCUACCGCAACGAGCGCACGCGCACGAAUCGGGGCGGCGGCGCCGCGGCAUCGGCGGAGCAGGCCCUCGCGGCGGAGCAGGCCAUCGAACGGAGGAGAGUAAGGCGGCCCGGCGCCGCCGGGAACCCGACGAAGCCGGCACCGCCAACUAACCCAUAUCAGCGGAAGCCGCCGGCGGGUUCCCAACCGCGGCGCCAGCGGCGGCCCCGGCCUCGUGAAACGGAGAGAACGGAGACGCAGAAGGCCGCCCUGGCGGCUUUUGAUGAUAGACUGAGGCGAGACGGAAGCUACGGCGACGGCCCGACGGCGCGACUGCGGCGCCGGUCGGAGCCCUCCCUGAAGCCGUCUCCUAGAGUGAAGCUGGCGGAGCCCUCUGGUAUGCCGGACGACGAUAAAAAGUCGAGGAGGAUGCCGUCGCAACUGAAUCGGAGGCCGCCGCCGCCGUCGGUGAGACGGCGGAGCGAAAAUGAUAAGCCGGCGAAGCUGUGCUGCGACCGCUGCGACGGGGACCACAUGACCGAGAAGUGCCCCCACUUCAAGAAGGACCGGGGGACGCACCCUGAUGCUACAAGGAUGCUAGGGAAGAAGGGCAAGGUUUUAGGUGGGAAUGCGCCGCCCCUGAUCACGACGCGAGGUAGGGUCGUACCACAACCUCCCGACGGGUCGUGCUUGUUCCAUUCCUUGUCCUAUGGUUUGCGAGAAGGCAACGCGUCUGGAUUAAGGAGGGAGCUCAUGCAAUUUAUAAGGAAGCAUCCCGAUUUGGAAAUUGCCGGCGAUCCUCUGAGAGAUUGGAUCCGCUGGGACGCGCUGGUCUCGGUCCAGAAGUACGCGGACAAGAUGUCGCGCGGCGGCUGGGGCGGUGGCAUCGAGAUGGCCGCCUUUUCCGAAUUGAAGGGCUGCAACGUUGAAGUGUAUGAGCAGUGCUCUGCCGGCUUCAAGCGCAUCUCGCUGUUCGAGAAGAGCGGCGCCUCCAGAACCGUGCGCGUCUGUUAUAGAGGCGGCGUGCACUACGACGCGCUCGAGCUGAGGUAA